CCAUCGUUUCCGAAAUCGAAAUCGAAAUUGGAAUCGGAAUCGAAACCGGGACACUGGGGACGGGGCAACCCUUGGCGACGACGGUUCACCAACCAACCUUCGAGGCCAACAAAACGCGAACCGUUUCGAAUGGAAACCAGCGGUGGUCUUUGCAGGCGCAACACACAGAACGCAGAACAGACAACACGAGACACACCGUCUCGGCAACAACCACACCGCAACACCAUGGCCGAACCCACCGAACCGACAGACGCCGUUGCGGGCGACCGCGAUUCCGACCGCGACGUCGAGGACAAGUACGAGUACGACAACGACGAGUACGACGACGACGACUUUGGCGACGAUGAAGCCCCCCCGGCCCUCUUUCGCAUGUCGGGGGUCGACACGAGCCUCGGGGACGCCUUUCUGGAAGAAUGCCUCGAGGCCGUCCUGCUGCGGGGGCAAGAGGCCGCGGGAGAAAGGGGGAGCGACGAGCCGAAGCUCACCGUCACCCUCAUGGAGAAGGAUUUCGACGAGAAGGGCACCCUCCUGUUCCUGGUAAGCGACGAAGGCGGCGGGGCCGGCGGAACGGCCCCUCCCACGACGCCUUGCGACGUUGAAGGGGCGAUACGGGACUACCUGGAAGCGAGCCAGCCGGGAGACGGGGAGGCGCACCCCUGGGUCGGAGACCCCGGGGCCGCCUCGAUCGAGCUCGUCGACUGGGAGCUCGACGACGCCCCCGGGGCGGGGGUGGACCUGGCCGAGCUGGGCAUCAGCGAGGAAGAAGCCUACCGGCUGCUGGUCGACGGGCAGGCCGGGGACGGCGAGUGACCAACGACGGAACCAAAGGGUUCGGUGCGAUGCGAUGCGACAGAGACCUUCCCUCGUCUGCACGGUGUCUCUCUCUCUCUCUCUCUCUCUCUCUCUCUGUGUGUGCGGGUCCGUGUUUUGUUCCCUCCGACCAAGCCUGGCGGGAUGGACCCGGCAGGCGUUUCCACGGAACAAAACCCAUCCAAUCAAGCCGCUCGUUGAAGCCAAUCCGCAACUACAGCAAUAAGCAAGAACCAAAACAGUACUGUAAUACCAUUAAUAGAUUGUUGCCAACGCU